AUGAGUAAGCGUGGCACGAAACAUGCGGAGCUUGAUGAAAAGUCAGAAUACAUCCCCAGUGUGUCUUUCGAUACCGUUCCUCUGCUGGCUGGCAUAGCUUGCGAGAAUACAGAUGAAGAUCACAACUGUGACGAUCAUUUUCUGGAGUAUACGGAAGAGGAAUUUUACGACAACGAAACAUCUGCAGAUGGCUGGAAUCACAGCUAUACCCCUUCGCUCAGUGGCGGAAAAGCACACUCAUAUCUGAUAGAUUCGAAGAUAAAUGGCUUGGACGGCUUUCAUAUAGGGACACACGGGCGCGUCGCCAGAACGGACUAUCCCAGUAGACCUACAAUCGUCAACGAGGCCUUGGUACUGAACAAAUCCCACAAGAAUUGGCUUCCUUUGUGGCGCCGGCGGAAAGCUACUGCGGAGUCGAGAUUUCGAAACCGAAACAACCGGUUCGUAUUUCCAGACAUAAUUCUCCCGAAGGAUGGAGAUGUGAAGAUAUCUUCCACUAGUGGCUCUACACCUAUGAGCAAAGAACAACGAAGAAGGGCGUUGAUUAUCGGCAAAAAAGUGGGAUUUCCCAAUUCGCCAAGAACGAUCGUCUGUCACAUAAGUGGCCGGAAGUAUACUUGGGUUGGCCUAGAUUGGCUCGUCAAGCGCUUUGCGCAAGAUGUUGAUCAUCUUGUGAUCAUUGCAAACAUACCUAAGAUGUCCAACCACCAGUCGCGGUCAAGGUCCAGGUCCAGGUCGGCCGCACCAAGAAGCAAAUCUGCAGCUCGGUCACGUCGUUUGUCAGGUACAUCCGAAACACUUCAUAGAACGUUGUCUGCCGAAGCUGGUACCGAUCGAAAUCAGAACAAGCAUGAACAGUGGCUGGAAUGGGCUUCUGGGUACGAUGCAGACCAUAUUAAGCAAGUCUUGAAGAAUAUCCUAAAUUACGUUGUGUGCAUCUUACCUAAAGAUCGCGCAAUCAAAAUCACAGUAGAGAUUGUCAUCGGCAAGACCAGAAAAAUAUUAGUGGAUAGCAUGAAUGUGUAUUCUCCUGAGCUGAUCGUUCUCAGUACACAAAGGGCGAAAGAAGGAGAGAGCUUGGUCAAAUGGAGGUCAAAGAGUCUCAUCGACAAAGCUUGCCAAUCUUUUCCUGUACCUAUAAUUUUGGUUCCGGUAAGGAAAUUGGUAGAGUUGGAGGCGAGCGUGCGGGAUGGGUUGGAGAGUCAGAUCAAAAAAAAUAUAGCCGGGGAUAACGAGGAAAGGCCAAAUCUACACCGAUCCAAAACUGCGCCUGAAACUUUCGACCGAAUAGACACGUCUACGUCGUCCUUAUCCACGCCUCUGCAGGAAGACCUAGAUAGUAGUUCAUUUGAAAGUGAGGAUUCCUACGACGGCUCACUAUCCCCAUUCUCAACGAAGGAUGCGGCUACGGCUAACACAAUUAUGACCGAGCAAUUACUCACCAUUCGUCGAAACGUCAAGAGCAAGAUACGAAUCUUGGAGAAGAACUCCUCACUAGCCUUAGAUUCUCAAUUAACUCAGAAGGUAGAUGUUGUCAUUAACUCUUCUAUGAGGUUUGCAAGGUUACUAGAUGAGAUGAACCAAAGUACGGAAUCUCUAAUGGAUUUGAAAAGGGUAUUAAGCGGUAAUUCUAAUGCAAAUGAGACGUCUAUACGGAAAUCAAUGCUGGAUGUCCCAACUUCUACUAAAGGAGCUAAUAAUAAAGCCAAGCUCAGGGCCCCCCGCAUCACGUUCGACCAAGAUACUAUAAGUGCACCCAGCACACAAAUAAAGUUUGCACCGCAGGCCAAGGAACAAGACGGUAGCUCUUCUUCUGGUUUAACCCCUAUGGAUAGAACUAUGUCAUUUGAUGCCACACUGCGGCCGCGCACUUCCCACAAUUGUGAGGGCUCGACAAAGGAGCCGGACUUGCGUAAGGUUCGUAGCGCCGGUGGGCUAAAGCCCACGAAAUCUGCAAGCUCUAUUAGUAGCGACAUGAAGAAGAAAAGUAAAGGAUUUUUUUCCUUUUUUAAAGGCCCGGAUAGCUCAGGAAACAGCCUUUCUUCCAGCCGAAGAAACAGUAGUGGUAGUGAAAGCAGUGGUAUCUUUUUAAAUCCACCCUUGGCCAAGAAGAGAUCCCGCUUUUUUGGUCUAAAGAAAAAUUGA